AUGUCUACUAAACUAACUGUCCUUUGUUUCUUUGGGAUUAUGGCUGUAGCUUACUCGCAGAUUCCCGGAGGGUUUGCCGAACAAGAUGUGAAUGAUCCCCAGAUUAUUGUAAGUUAUAUUUUUGCCUUUCAAACCUUGCUCAUCUGUCUUAUUCGGUCCCUAUUUUAAUCCCCUUAAUUUCCAGGCAUUGGCUCAAAAAUCGUUCUCUAAAUUCGCCGCUACUCGAAAUGGAAACUUUGAGUUUGUGAAAGUCAAGAGCGCUCGCAGUCAAGUUGUUGCCGGUAUCAACUAUGAGAUCGAAUUCAUCGUGAAGAACGGAAAUAAGGAGGAAUGUGUCAAGUCUACUGUCUUCUCUCAACCCUGGACCCAGACUGAGGAGCAUACCUUAGGAUCAUGCUAA